CUUUGUUCCACUUGCUGUCAUCUAGGAAGGCAGAAGAAGCGAUAACGUACUCACAAUGGCAAAACACAACAUAAGCCUGGCGAUUGCCAUCGUGCUGGCAUUGGUCUUCUUCAUCAUCACUAUGGUGUUCACUGCUCUGGCGGGGCCGGGGAUAUAUCCAUUUUUGUCAACGACCCGUAACAUUUCAGAUGAGUUUGUAACCCAGAUCACACCAGCAGGGUGGACUUUUACUAUCUGGUCGAUCAUUUACAUCUUUCUGGCUUCAGUGUUGGUGUAUCUCAUCUCCGGUAUCUUCAGAAAGAAUGCAUACGGUUACGUCUACUGCAGCCCGGCUAUUUUGCCACAUGGAUUCUUUGUGGUUUGGUGCUUGAAUCUGGGCCUCAAUACUGCCUGGUUGUUCCUGUGGGACAGAAAGUUGAUGCCUGUUGCACUGGCUUUCCUCAUCCUAAUUGCCUUGAGUAACUACGCCCUGAUAUUCUUCUCCUGCCACGGUCUCCACAUCUAUGGAGCCUGGCUCAACAAGUACCACAAAGUAGACCUGUGGCUUCACCGUGUGUUGGUUCAGAACGGUAUUGCCAUAUAUGCAACAUGGACAACCAUUGCAUCCCUCGUCAACCUGACCAUCGUGCUGGAUCACGAUGCAAAUAUGUCCCCGGCGGACGCUGCCACCGUCUCACUCUCGGUUUUGACUGUACUGUUGUCUGUGUGGUUUUUCCUCGAAAACUUUGUCCUCGACAAACACGUGAGGUACAUUGUGAGCAUUUACCCCGCUGUGAUCUGGGCAGUGACGGGAGUGUUCACGAAAAACAACGAUGCUGCAGAUCCUAGUCGCAAUAACAUCUUCCUUUCUGCUCUCUUGGCCGUAGCCUGCACGUUGUGUGCUGCACGGUUUUUCUUGGUCAUUUGGAGGCACAUCAAAAAUCCAUUUUACGAAGACCUCAGCCCAGAGAGCAUGUCUCCGAUGGAGAUCGCUGAGAAUCAGAAAAAGAUAUUUCAGUAAAGAUUUUAAUGGAUACUUUUAUGAUAAACCUUUUUAUAUCCAUACAGUAUUGGUUCUGGAUGAGGUGCAUUUCUAAAUGCUUUCUAUGUAUUGUAAUGUAUGACUGUUUUACCUGGGAGUAAAUUAAAUUAUAUGAUGCUGAGGUCCAAUUUAAGUUUGCCUCAUGUACUCAGCUUUAAAUACAUUGUUUACUUAAACUACACUUUCAGUUGUAAUGAGAUGCUAAAUUAAUUGAACUGUAUUCUUCUUACGGAUAUGAAAAAAUGGAAGUCACUGUUUGUUUUUGUAAAUGCGUUUUAACCUUUAUUUUGUAUCCUUUAAAAAAAUUAAUAUUGCUUUCCUCCAAUGUUAUGCUUUCGUUGAAUCAUUUGUGGUAUAUAAGAGAUAAGAAAUACUGCAACUGUUUAAAUCAAUUGUGCAAUCAUUUCCCUGGUAGUUCACUGAAGUAGCUGUUAGGUUGUAGUGGAUUUUAUAUAUA